AGCUGAGAAUGCAUCUACGCCAGGAAGCCAACUGAAAUAAAACACGCGACAGUUAUUACUUAUACAUUGAGCACCCAUUGCUUUCCAGGCGGUUACCUGACCAUUUUUCCUGUGGGAAUUAAGGGAUGGAAUUGGAGAAAGAGCAAGAAUUGGAAUGGAUUGAAGCACAAAAGACAGAGAUAAGUCUGGACCUUGUGGCUGCAGCCAAGAAGCAGCUUGAGUUUCUUGCAGCUGUAGAUAGGAAUCGUUGGCUCUAUGAUGGUCCUACUCUCCAAAGAGCCAUUUACAGGUACAAUGCUUACUGGCUUCCCUUACUUGCCAAAUAUCAUAAGGAAGAGUUUUCGGAAGGGCCUCUGGUUGUUCCUCUGGAUUGUGAAUGGAUUUGGCAUUGUCACAGGCUCAAUCCGGUUCGUUACAAGUCAGACUGUGAGGAACUUUAUGGGAGGAUCCUUGACAACUCUAAUGUUGUAUCUUCUCUUCAAUGCACAUGUAAAAGGCAAACUGAAGAAAUUUGGAGUAGACUUUAUCCAGAUGAACCUUAUGACUUUGACUUGACCAAAGCAUUAUCUGAAAAUGCCUCUCAAACACUCUCUGGACUUGAAAAACACACUAAAUAUGAUCUAAUUUCGGCUGUUAAAAGGCAGAGUCCUUUCUUUUAUCAGGUGUCUAGAGCCCAUAUGCACAAUGACAUCUUUAUUGAAGGAGCUGUUGCCAGAUAUAAGGGUUUCUUGCAUCUAAUCAAGAGAAAUCGAGAGAGGUCCAUAAAGCGCUUCUGUGUUCCAACUUAUGACAUUGACCUUAUCUGGCAUACCCACCAGUUGCAUCCUGUCUCUUACUGCAAAGAUUUGAAUAAAGCUGUUGGCAAGAUAUUGGAGCAUGAUGAUACAGACUCAGACAGAACUAAAGGGAAGAAGCUUGAUGUUGGGUUUUCUGGGACUACUAAACAGUGGGAAGAGACAUUUGGCAUAAGGUACUGGAAGGCAGGGGCCAUGUAUAGAGGGAGUUAUCCAUCUCCUCUCACAGCGAUUCCUUGCAUGCCUGAUACAUUGAGUAAGGAAGUAGAUGCCACAAAUGCUUGUCAGAAAAUUAUUAAGCUUCCUGAGAUGAAGGUUGUUGAGGUCCUUUUGGAGUUUGUAGGAGUUAAGAACUUACCAGAUGAGAAAAAGGGAAACCUCUUUGUGUUGUUUAGUAAAACUCAACCUGAUGUGUUCUUUAAAGCUAAGCAGAAACUGACUAUCUUAUCUAAGUCGGGGCAGAAACAGGUUGCUUCAUUUCAGUGUGAACCUAAUGGCGAACUGCUCUUCGAACUUGUAUCACAUUCAGCUUCCAACUUACCAGGAACAAAGACAUGUAAAACUUUAGGUACUGCUUCACUCUCUUUAAGAGAGUUUCUGGUUCCAGUUUCUAAACUUGCUGUGGAGAAAUGGUUAGACUUGAUGCCCAGUUCUGGAAAUGGAUCUUCAAAACCAAUUGGCCUACGAGUCGCUGUUUCAUUUACAGUACCUGCCAUAGCACCACACAUGCUUCACAUGGUUCGAUCCCGCCCUUUUUCAAAAGGUUCUUGUUUUCAGCUCCCUUUAGCAGGAAGGGUCCAAGCUGGUAAGGGUUGCACACGUGUCAUUGAUGAAACUCAAGCUGAGGUGAUAAGACUCCAAAUGAGUGAAUCUGGAAAGGCAAAGAUGAAAGGAAACUGUCUUUCAAGGAAGCAAGUAAUUGGUACCACAAAGCAUGGUGAAACACAUGCUCUGGCAGAGUUUGUUGGGACUCGUUGGUCUUUAAUGGAUUCUCAAUGGGUCCUUCAGCAUUCAGAAGAAGUCAGUGAACAUGGUCAUCUCUUUGAUCUCAAAGGCAAUAGGAUGGUAAAAGUUUUUCUUGGCAGAAAACUGGAUUAUGAACCCAAACAUUGUGAGAAGAAGAGAAAUGAAGGUGACUUUAUGACUGCUGUUGAGUUUUCUGCAGAACAUCCAUAUGGAACGGCCGUUGCAUUGCUUGACUUGAAAUCUGGAUGUCUGAAGGCAAAGGAGAAAUGGUUUGUUUUGCCUGGAUUGAUAUCAGCUUUUAUACUUUCUCACAUUUUGAAGAAGAAAGGACAUAUUGGCUUGACCAUUGAUGUCAAAAAUACAAAAGAGGUAGAUAGUGCAACAGAAGUUGAGAAUGACCAUGUCAACCUGACCGCCUCCAUAGAAACUGAAGUCAAUUUAGAUGGUGAUGUGACCUUAGAAAAUGCAAUGAUACCCAAAAAAGAUUCAUGCAAUGGGGACUAUGGAGGUGAGAAAGGAAACGAAGUGAAGAGUGGUGGCUGUGGUGGUUGUGGUGCUGAAUGUGGUAACAUGGUGAAGAGUGGUGGCUAUGGUGGUUGCGGUGCUGGAUGCAGUGGUGGGUGUGGGAGUGGAUGCGGUGGUGGUUGUGGAAGCAUGGUGAACAGCAGUGGCUGUGGUGCUGGCUGUGGAGGGGGUUGUGGGAGCAGGGUGAAUAGCAGUGGUUGUGGUGGCUGUGGCGGACGUGGUGCUGGUUGUGGAAGCAGGGUCAAGAGCACUGGGUGUGGUGGGUGUAGCCUUAGUUGUGGCGAUGAUAUAGAUGGUGGUGAACCCGGAAAUUUGCUGAUAAGCAAUGGAUGUGAAAAGCCCAUAUACAUGGAAGAGGCUGUAAAAGCUUAAUGUCUAUGGGAGUAAAUAUAUUAGCAGGUACUCCAUGCAUCUUGAUAUGGUUCUAGCAAGUUCUACAUAAUCCACAUGCAGAGUGCCUGUCCAGUAAAUAAUUGCGUUUAGUGCUUCUUAUUUCCGUCGCUCCACCUGGCGGAAUAAUUAUAGUGUUUAUAUGAAGUUUGUGUCCUUACAUUGUGCCUGAAGUUAAGAUUCAGUUCUGUUUCAUCAAAUUCUCGCUUGGAUAUGUAGUUUCCUGCAAGAAUAAACAUCUCUGGGAAGUGGUAAUGUAUUACAAUACUCUAUAAUACUACUAUUUUAAUUAUAUUUAAUGGUGAAUUACAGUGAAUUACUUCAUGCUC